GAGCUCGAUCGAAUCCGGAAGAGUCGAAGAAGAGCAAUAAAUGCACAGAGAAGAGAAGAAUCUCGGUGAAGAGAGAGGAGGAGGAGGAGGAGGAGGAAAAAGGGCUUCCUUUUGAUCGAAUCGAGCAAAAUGAAGAGGGAUUUCUUAGGAAUUCACUCCAAAAUUCUCCAUCCUGAUGCAGCCGAAGGAGACGCCCGUGGAAUCCGCCAAGAUGCAGCUAUUUUAGCAGGUCCAUCUCUGCAGUGGCCUUUCCCAAACAAGGCGUCAGCCAUGCAGCAGUUCAUGCUCUUCAAGGCUUCGCAAGAGGAGAGGCCAAGAAACCACGCUUUGCCCAAGCACCCUUCUUUGAGAUCUCACCCUCUGCUAAGGGCUCCCCACCACCCUGCUUUAGCUCCUCAGAAUCCUUACUUCAAGGCUCCGAAUCCUCACAAUUUUGCUGCUAGUUCAUCAUCACAAGUAUUCCCCUUUGUUGGAUCCUUCGGUCACAGGAACAAGGCCAAGAAAAACCAAAGGACUGCUCAGUUGACGGUGUUCUACGGCGGCUGUGUGAAUGUUUUUGAUGAUGUUCCAUCAGACAAGGCUCAAUCAAUAAUGUCAUCUUUGGCAAAUCGUGGGGCAAACGAAGCAUCUGUUCUUAAACCGGUCGCUCCAAGAGCCAUUCCUCAAGCUCGGAAGGCGUCCUUAGCACGGUUCUUGGAAAAGAGAAAAGAGAGGCUGACCGGUGCCAUGCCGUACUCCUCCACCAAAAUAUCAUCGGGGAAUGACAGUGGAGGAUGCAAUGCGUCGAGCACCUCCCAUUCAUCUUUCGCCGGACACCUCAAGAACAGCAUCGAGUCCAUCAGCACUGAGCUAACGAUAUAGUCUAGCGUUGAGCCAUUCAUGGUGCUCAUUUUAGUGCCAGAAAUAUGCCGAAAUUAUACUGCUGUGUUAUAGUGGUUUAGUCGUCAUCAAUUGAGAAUAUCUCUGUUUGUGGCACUCAAACCUCUUCCUUCUUACGUUAUAGUGAUUAUGGCUGAUUAGAAGAAGAAAAUUGAAAAGAAGA